GGGGGUGGGGGAUGGGACACGGGGGGCCUGUCUUUCCCCCCUGAGUCUGUCUGUCUCCCUGGUGCGUCUAUUUCAGGUAAAAGCAAAGAGGCCGAAAUCAAGAGGAUCAACAAGGAGCUGGCGAACAUCCGCUCCAAGUUCAAGGGGGACAAGGCCCUGGACGGCUACAGCAAGAAGAAAUACGUCUGCAAGCUGCUCUUCAUCUUCCUGCUGGGCCAUGACAUCGACUUCGGGCACAUGGAGGCCGUCAACCUGCUGAGCUCCAACAAGUACACGGAGAAGCAGAUUGGUUACCUGUUCAUCUCGGUGCUGGUGAACUCCAACAGCGAGCUGAUCCGCCUCAUCAACAACGCCAUCAAGAACGACCUGGCGAGCCGCAACCCCACCUUCAUGUGCCUGGCGCUGCACUGCAUCGCCAACGUGGGCAGCCGCGAGAUGGCCGAGGCCUUCGCCUCCGAGGUGCCCCGCGUCCUGGUGGCCGGCGACACCAUGGACAGCGUCAAGCAGAGCGCGGCCCUCUGCCUCCUGCGCCUCUACAAGACCUCGCCCGACCUGGUGCCCAUGGGCGAGUGGACGUCCCGCGUGGUGCACCUGCUCAACGACCAGCACAUGGGCGUGGUCACGGCCGCUGUCAGCCUCAUCACCUGCCUCUGCAAGAAGAACCCCGACGACUUCAAGACGUGCGUCUCCCUGGCCGUGUCCAGGCUGAGCCGGAUCGUGUCGUCGGCCUCCACGGACCUACAGGAUUACACCUACUACUUCGUGCCGGCCCCGUGGCUCUCCGUGAAACUCCUGCGCCUGCUGCAGUGCUACCCCCCGCCAGAGGACGCGGCGGUGAAGGGGCGGCUGGUCGAGUGCCUGGAGACCAUCCUCAACAAGGCGCAGGAGCCCCCCAAGUCCAAGAAGGUCCAACAUUCCAACGCGAAGAACGCCAUCCUCUUCGAGGCCAUCAGCCUCAUCAUCCACUACGACAGCGAGCCCAACCUGCUGGUGCGGGCCUGUAACCAGCUGGGCCAGUUCUUGCAGCACCGGGAGACCAACCUGCGGUACUUGGCGCUGGAGAGCAUGUGCACCCUGGCCAGCUCCGAGUUCUCCCAUGAGGCUGUCAAGACCCACAUCGAGACGGUCAUCAAUGCCCUCAAGACGGAGCGGGACGUGAGCGUGCGGCAGCGUGCGGCCGACCUGCUCUACGCCAUGUGCGAUCGCACCAACGCCAAGCAGAUUGUGUCCGAGAUGCUCAGCUACCUGGAGACAGCCGACUACUCCAUCCGCGAGGAGAUCGUGCUGAAGGUGGCGAUCCUGGCGGAGAAGUACGCGGUGGAUUACAGCUGGUACGUGGACACCAUCCUCAACCUGAUCCGCAUCGCGGGCGACUACGUGAGCGAGGAGGUCUGGUACCGCGUCAUCCAGAUCGUCAUCAACCGCGACGACGUCCAGGGCUACGCCGCCAAGACCGUCUUCGAGGCCCUGCAGGCUCCCGCCUGCCACGAGAACAUGGUGAAGGUCGGGGGCUACAUCCUGGGGGAGUUCGGGAACCUCAUCGCCGGAGACCCCCGCUCCAG